AUAAAUAAAUAAAUAUAACCAAAAUAUUAAAUAAAAAGCUGUCAUCAAAAUCAACCAAUCAAUCAUUACAUUUCAUAACCAAGGCGAAAAAAAGAAGAAAGAAGAAUUAAGAUUGCCUUCUUCAGGCUUUUGUGCAUAAAGCCCUAAGAAUUCCCACUUUUCGCGCUGUAAAUAAGUGCAAAACUUUGUGGACUUUUGGGAAUCGUCUUACUGUGGUUCUGAGGCUUUUCUUCUAGGAUUAUUGUUCUUCCCUCACCAUGGCAACCAAUGAAAAUCUUCCACCGAAUGUUAUAAAGCAACUGGCAAAGGAGUUGAAGAGUCUCGAUGAGUCGCCACCGGAAGGCAUUAAAGUUGGUGUAAAUGAUGAUGACUUUUCAAUCAUUUAUGCCGACAUUGAAGGGCCAGCUGGGACUCCAUAUGAAAAUGGUGUUUUCCGUAUGAAGUUAUUACUGUCUCGUGAUUUCCCUCAUUCUCCUCCAAAAGGCUACUUCCUGACAAAGAUUUUUCAUCCAAAUAUUGCGACCAAUGGUGAAAUUUGCGUAAACACUCUAAAAAAGGAUUGGAAUCCAAGUCUUGGAUUACGACAUGUACUCAUUGUAGUUAGGUGUUUAUUGAUUGAACCAUUUCCAGAAUCAGCUCUAAAUGAACAGGCUGGGAAGAUGCUGCUUGAAAAUUAUGACGAGUAUGGCCGGCAUGCCAGGCUUUAUACCGGAAUCCAUGCAAAGCCAAAACCAAAGUUCAAAUCAGGAGCUAUUUGCGAGUCAACUACGGCGUUGAAUGUGGAGCAGCGUAACACCUCGGUUCUGAAUGUUGAGCAGAAAAAUGCAGCAAGUGGUGCCGGGUUAUCGUUGCCUACCCCACUCACCCCGACGACCGCAUCAACAAAAGGAAGCAACAACCCAGACCACCAGCAUCAACAGUCCACGGUUCCGGCAACUGAAACUGGGGUUAGUGGAAGCGGCGUAGUGGGAAUAUCGGGCACUACUGCACCUAAGAAGGAAGGUUUACAUAAAGUUCCUGCAGUCAAGAAGAAAAUGGAUGCUAGAAAGAAAAGUCUCAAGAGAUUGUAAAAUCGUAGAUUUUUAUAAGAAAAUAAUUAAAAAAAGAACUUCAUAAGGCGUUCGGAUAUUGAUUGUUUUCUGGCGUAAUGGAUGCUUCAAUUUGGGAAUGUGAUGGAUCAAAUUUGCACGUUGUUUUUC